GUUGUAGAGACUGAUUAAUUAAAGUAGAGUAUGAACAGACAAAAUACAAUGUUUCAGUCUCACUAUGAUCAGUAUCCUAUGUAUCAGUCCCAAAGAUAUUUAGAUCAACAACAGGGCAGUCAGCAGCAACAAUAUCCUAUUGAGAAUGACAAUUCUGAGUUAAAAGAGUUUGGUGACAUGGGUGCAGCUGUGAAAAAGUUUGCAGAAGCUAGUUAUUCUAAAACUAAUAAUUAUGAUUCUGUAGAUGUUGCUGAAAAUAUUCCUGAAAUAAAUGAUUUUAACCCUUAUAGAAAAAGUCAUGGUUUGGUUGCUUGGGAUAAUUUUGGAGGACAAAUUCCUGAUCCAUAUCAAAGAUUUGAAGAUUUUAGAGGUUUAAACCCUGCUCAAUUAAAAGCACUUUACAAUUCAGGUUACAAGGCUCCUACUCCUAUUCAAGCUCAAACAUGGCCAAUUGCGAUGUUUGAUCGGGAUGUUGUAUCAAUUGCAAAAACUGGUUCAGGUAAAACGCUAGCAUUUUUAUUACCAGCAUAUAUGAAAAUAAAUCUCAGAAGAUCUCAAGGUACAAUUUCAGUAUUAGUUUUAGCCCCAACAAGAGAAUUAGCUACACAAAUUCAAUUAGAAGCUGAAAAGUUUGGAAGUGUUGCUGGAUAUUAUAGUGCAUGUGCCUAUGGUGGCGCACCAAAACGUAAUCAGCUACAAGCAAUUAAUUCUGGAAUUUCCGUUUUAGUAGCCACACCUGGUAGAUUAAACGACUUUCUAGAGUCUAAUGAAGUUAACUUGUCAUCAGUUUUUUAUUUAGUUUUGGAUGAAGCUGAUAGAAUGCUUGAUAUGGGUUUUGAACCACAAAUUCGAACAAUUAUAAGAUGUUUACCUCGUAAAAGGCAAACCUUGAUGUUUUCAGCCACUUGGCCAGAAGAGGUAAGGCGUUUAGCUGAUGACUUUUUAUAUCAACCAGUUCAUAUUCGUCUUGGGAUUGUCGGUGGUAGCACUAGUAGUGGCUUGCAAGCUAAUGAAAUGAUUAAACAACAUUUAAUUUUAUUAAAUUCAGGUGAAGACAAGGAUGGAGAACUUAUUAAUUUGAUUAAAUCAAGAUUUCAUCAAAAUAGAGAUCUGGUUCUGAUCUUUGUUGCCAGGAAAAACACCUGUGAUUUUUUAACUAAUAUUUUAAAUCGAGUGGGGAUAGCAGCCUCUGCUAUGCAUGGUGAUCGAGAUCAAAAGUACAGGGAAAAAACUUUGGCUGCUUUUCGAGAUGGUUCAAGACCUAUAAUGGUUGCUACAGAUUUAGCUUCUAGGGGUAUUGACGUUAGAGGUAUCAGUGCUGUGAUAAACUAUGAUCUUGCAAAUAGUACAGAAGAUUAUGUUCAUCGAAUUGGAAGAACUGGGCGAGCUGGCAUGUCUGGUGAGUCAUUCACAUUUCUCACACGCAGCAAUGAUGAUAUUUGGAAAGCAAUAGGAAUUGUUGAGGUUAUGGCAAAAACAGGUCAGUAUCCUCCACCAGCUGUUCAGGAACUUAUCAAUAGGGUUAAAAUGCGUCAAGAACAGAAUAAAGAGCGUCGUGCUGCUGAAAAUGAGCAGUUUUCGAAAGUACUUAUUGUUGCAGAGAAGCCUUCUGUUGCUAAAAUGAUAGCUGAACAAUUAUCUGGAGGACAUUUUCGCACAAGACGUGGCAAAAGUCGUGCUAAUCAGAUUUUUGAAUUUAUAAAAUGGUUUGGACCCGCUCAACAAAAAUGUAAGUUAAUGGUGACAUCAGUUGUAGGCCAUAUCUUUGGAUUAGGGUUUGCUGGCCGUCCAGACAGAGAUAUAUCAAAGUUGUUUGAUGCUUCAGUAGAAAAACAACUUGCUGAUAGCACAAAAAAAUUAAACAUUGUUGAACAUUUACAAGAAUUAGGUCAAGAAUCUGAAUAUCUUUUCCUGUGGUUGGACUGUGAUAGAGAAGGAGAGAAUAUUGGUUUUGAGGUAAUAUCUUUGACUCAACAAUGGAUUCCUUAUGAUAAUGUGUACAGAGCACGAUUUUCUGCACUCACAAAAACUGAGCUUUCACAAGCAUAUGAUAAUCCUGUAAGACCUGAUAAGUAUGCAGCAAUGAGUGUGGAUGCAAGACAGGAACUGGAUCUCAAAAUUGGGGUAGCAUUUUCAAGGUUAAUGACUCGUGCAUUUUUGGACAUGGCAAAAGAAAAGUUUCGUUUAAAAGAUCAAAAAGUUGUUAGUUAUGGUCCUUGUCAAACACCAACACUUUGGUUUUGUGUACAACGUCAUAAAGAGAUUCAAAAUUUCAAAUCAACACCGUUUUAUGUUGUCUCUGUUGUUGUCAACAUUCAGGGUCAAAAUAUUACUUUAAAAUGGGUCAACGACACUGUGAAAAAUGCAGAAGAUCUCAGACAAAUGGAGUCAAUUAUACAAAGAAAUCCAGUUGCACAUAUUGUUGAUGUUAAAGAAGAUAAAAAAGUCGUAUAUAAGCCAAUAGGUUUAAAUACAGUAACGUUAUUAAAGUCUUGCUCCAAAGGAUUUGGUAUUUCGCCAACACAAGCAAUGAAUAUAGCUGAGCACUUAUACACAUCAGGUUAUAUUUCAUACCCACGUACUGAAACUACUCGAUAUCCUCCAACUUUUGAUCUUGUUGGUACCUUGGAAGAACAAGUCAAUAAUCCAAAUUGGGGUAGAAUUGCUGCAUAUAUUCUAGAGUCUGGCAGAAUGAACCCAUCACAAAAAGGUUUUGAUGUUGGGGACCAUCCACCAAUAACUCCAAUGAGAUCUGCAAAUAGGGACGAGUUUAAACCUAAUGAAUGGCGUAUCUAUGACUAUGUUACUCGUCAUUUUAUUGGGACACUUCACGAUAAUAUGGAAUAUAUAGAAAAGAAAAUGUUAGUUGAUGUUAAUGGUUUUCAAUUUGAAUAUGUUUGGCAUGAGAUUACGGACAAAGGUUUUAUGUGGGCAAUGCCGUGGAAGUUAAAAGGUCUAAAAUUAAAUGAAUCUUACAUGCCUCCAAUUAAUAUGUUGCAGGGGUUAACAACAGGAGUCUUAAAUUUUCUCAAAGAUGAAAAGUACACACAACCACCAGAUUAUCUUCAGGAAAGUGAGCUCAUAUCUCUUAUGGAUAAGCAUGGGAUCGGUACUGAUGCUUCAAUACCUACCCAUAUAAAAAACGUCCAAGAUCGUCAUUAUGUUGAUGUUUGCGGUCCUAGUGAAGGUGGGCAGCGUGGUCAGCUUAUUCAAGAGAAUAAGUUUUUUGGGAAAAAUAGUCGUGGCAAAGGACAAAAACAGCAGCCAAAAGCACUUUCUCGUCACAUGGUACCUCGUGGGUUUGGUUUAGCAUUUCUAUCAUGCUUUGAAGAUCUGGAUAAAGAACUUUGUGAACCUUCAAUUCGUGCUUAUAUGGAGCAGCAAGUCAGCAAAAUUGCUACAGGUGAAACAGAUAAAAAUGAAGUUGUCUCAAGUAAUCUUAAGUUAUUUCAACAGAAGUUCAUUUAUUAUAGAGAAAACUUAGAACGUGUUAGUAAGUACUUUGCACCCAAAGUUCAGGGUGGCCACUCUGGAAGAGACUUUAGUGGUGAUAACUCAAAUCAAAAUUACAGAGCAGGGGAUUAUAGACAAAAUAAUAUUCAGAAAAAGGAUUUUGGAAGCAGAGGUAGAGGUAGAGGUGAUUUACAUAGGGGAGGAAGAGGAGGUUCCAGUAGGGGAGGUAGGGGUGGAAAUUUUAAUAGUAAUGAACAGUACAAAGCUCAAAACUUUGAAAACAGAUAUCAAAAUGAUGGAUAUGGUUCUUACAAUCAAAAUGAAAAUAAUUUUAAAGUUGAAAAUCAAACAGGUGGUAAUUUCCAAGUAAAUAGUUUCGUUAAUCAAGGAGGUUUUCAAAAUAGUGGCCAACGAGGCUCUUUUAGAGGAGGUUAUAACAAUAAUAGAGGAAUGGACAUGAGAAGUUACAAUAAUGUUGGAAUAAAAAGAUCUAAUCCUUCAGAAAUUCCAGCUGACGAUGUAAAACGUUUUCAUCAUUCAUAUUAGAUUUUUAAAAACAAUUACAAAUUUAUAUUAUAAAUUUAAUAGUAAAUUUUUAAUGUUUUUAAAAAAGAUUUAUGUUUGUUUGA